AUGCUCCUGAGGAGCUCCAGGAAUCUCCUACUUUGCUUGCUCUUUGUUUUCUGCUCACUCGACGUUUUGGUGAUUCAUCGGCGCAGAAAUACUGGCCUUAAAAUUCCUCUUACGCGUAAGCGCUACCAGACCACUACACCCAAGGGGAAUGCGUCAUGGUUGAAAAGUGAGCGGAAGCGCGUCGCAAACAAGUACGCGUCACCGUCAAUCAACAGGAGGAAGCAAUCAUUCCAGAAACUUACGAAUCAAGGGGUGGACUUAGUAUACUAUGGGACGGUCUUUAUUGGAACUCCUCCCCAGCAGUUCAAUGUUGCACUUGACACAGGAUCUGCCGACCUUUGGGUUGCUUCUUCUGAUUGUCACACCGGCUGUGACAGUAUUCCCGCUACAUUUAAUUCCUCUCUUUCAACCACUUAUAAAGCCGCUGGAAGGAUAUUAGAGAUACAGUAUGCCUCUGGUCGAGCCUCUGGAGCAGUGGGGACGGACACCGUUUCCAUGGCUGGAUUCACUCUUCCCAAUCAAGGCUUUGGCGUGGUGACUACUUUAACUGGCACAGGAUUAAUUUUUGGCAACACCUCGGGGAUCUUUGGACUGGCAUGGGAACCUCUCGCACAGUCUUCUACUCCUUGGUGGCAAAAGCUUUUUCAAACUGGUCAAUUGACGCAGCCCUUGUUUGCAUUUUAUCUUACACGCUAUUCAAAUGUCCCAGGAGCGGGACUAACUGAGCCUGGCGGUUCUAUGGAUAUUGGUUUCACCGAUAACCGGUAUUUUGAUGGACCGAUUGAGUACAUCAGCGUAGCAGCUCCUCAGUAUUGGUCUAUUCCAUUGGCUUCAAUCGUGGUGGAGGGGAAAACUCUCUCAUCCAAUGGGCCUGCGGCCAUUGAUACUGGUACCUCUCUGAUUGCUGGGCCUGCUUCGAUGAUGGACUCAAUUUAUUCGAACAUUCCAGGCGCUGCUCCUGGCACUGGUGACCUGUCGGGUUUCUACACUUUGCCGUGCUCAGCUGAGAUCCAGCCGCACUUAUUCAUGGACUCUUCGGACUUCAUCCGCGCAUACAGCGACCAAACCUGUAUUGGCGCUUUCUUCCCUCUCGACCUGGGUAACGGUAUUCAGUGGGUCGUGGGCGAUGCAUUUUUGAAAAAUGUCUACUCAGUUUAUCGGGCAAGCCCACCAUCUGUCGGAUUCGCACCCAUCAAAGGUUCCUCGACAGGUGGUCACAAUACCUCCACGUCAGAUUCUGGAGCAAUUGCAACAUCCUCGACUUCAACGGGAACAAGCGCGAGGCUCACUUCUUCCUUUUCACCUGCUGAUCCCACCCCCAAUCCUGUCAUUCCAUCUCUUGCUACAAUUACCAUUACUUCCGCAACUUCGUUAGCGCCAACGACGCACACUGGGGCUGCGCGUCGCACUGUCACUUUUUCCUUACUAUCAUCUGGGAUGAUUGGUUCGUUCUGGUAUUGUUGUGAAGAUAUUUGUCAUUCCUUUCGCUCAUUGCUCAUAACUUGACUGUCUCUGCAGCAGGCAACAAAUUCAGGUGUAAGACCCUUUUUUUACGCUCGAAGGACCCAAGUCCAUGUAGAUGCC